GGUUGAACUAUUUUCUCGGUUUGAAUUUCGACCUUAAUCAUUCCCUUGAUUGAUACUCUGACUUCUGGAGUAACGUCUCACUUGACGGUCCCUUCAGUUGAGCGUUCCUUCACUCGAGCAUUCCCUCGUUUGGGGCUUUUAUCACUCGACUUGGGAAUAAAACGGCAACCGCUCACAGAUACUGAAUAACAUCACCGAGAAUGAGAGUAAAGUCCAAGUUCCCUACUGAUUGGUAAUUCCUGAGCGGUGUGGGGUGCAGAUAAGCGCUAACCAGAUCCGACAAACUUGACACCUUUGAUCACGACCUCCGAACCAAGAUUCUCUCAACCAAAGUAUCGUAUGUAAAUAAAGUUCCAAGCUACCCUCCCUCAUCUAUAGCAUCAUCUCCCACCACCAACCAUGACAGCCCCUCCAUCCCCACCACCCCUCCAACUCACCAGCCCCCGCCUAACUCUAGAGCUCUUCUCCCGCUCCAAUCCCGCACACUACGCCCUCAUGCUCGGCGUCAUCAACAACCCCAUCGCCCACGCCACCAUGGGCGACUACGGCAUCCGCACCGCCUCGCAACUCGACGCCCUGAACCAAGCCACGUUCCUCCGCUCCCCGAUCUCCUUUCCUCAAGAACUCAUCUACAUCCUGCAGCUGCACCUCAAAUCCGACGCCGAGACCGAGACCGAGACCAUGAUCGGCGCCGUAACGCUCGCUCAGAGAAGCAGCACCAUCCCCCCGGAUAUCGGGUGGGCGCUGCUUCCGGCGUAUAUGGGGAAGGGAUAUGCGACCGAGGCCGCGGGGGAGCUUUUAAGGUGGGUGAGGGAGAGUUGGGGGGUGGGCGUUUGUACGUGGCCGGAUGAGAGGAAUGGGGGGAGUGUGCGGGUUGCGGAGAAGCUGGGGUUUGUGGAUGGGGGGUUUGUGAGGAGUGUUGAUGGGCAUGGGGAGGUGAGGGAUGAGGAUGAGGGGAGGGUUGAUGGGGGGGGGGAGUUGAUUAGGACUUGGGUUUUGCCCGGGAUGAGGAGGUUGGAUGAGGGUGGGGUUGUUGAGAUUAGUUUUUGGGGAGAGCAAGGUGGAGGAAUGAGAGCGCGUGGAGAAUGAAGUCAGGGUGAGGAGAAGGGAAAUUGAGGUUGAGAUCUAGACUUAUAAGGAUAAUAUUUUCUCAAAGUUUGUUGGACAAUAUGAUCGGCUUAAAUCCGGAAUGGGUAAAGGACUUUGAAGCAGGUUGCGCAAAAUAGCUUCUGUGUUACAAUCGCUCUGCGGUUCACUUCUUCUGUCCGUGUAACUUUUAAUACUUCUUGCGUACAUAUCAAGAAAGCGUCUUGAAAGCUCAGCAUGACCUAACUAAAUACUCCAGAUCUGCCCAUUCUACACACACCACCUCUCCGAACCCUCUUCUGCAGCAAACCCUCCAUCCUCAAAUCCUCACCAUUAAAAAAAACUCCCCAGCCCUUCCACGCGAACAAGCCAAG